AUGAAAUCCUUCUUAGCAAUCUCGUGCGUUUUUAUUUGUUUCACAACAAUUUUUGCAUUUCCGAAAAAUGACACACAACUUCGGUCUCACACAUUUAAACUAGGUGAAAAAUCGUAUUUAAUAGAUUUUCAUGAAAUAACUUUCAACGAAGCAGUCGAAUUCUGCAAGAACAAUAAUCUACAAUUGGUAUCUAUAGAAAGUGCGGCUGAAAAUGACAAAAUAUCCGAACAGUUGAGGUCUAUGGGCAGUCUUUAUACUGCGUUGUGGACCUCAGGGACGAGAUUGGCAGCAUCAAGCCAGUGGAUAUGGUUAAGCACUAAUAAUGCUAUAACGACCUUCUUUUGGAAUAAUCCCCCAGACUACAAACAUGAUAACGAGUAUUGUUUAGCCAUCUUUCCUGAGACAUAUAAUGCUGUUAAUUAUUGGCUCAAUGAAGAUUGUACCGUAAUAAAUUACCCUCUUUGUCAAAGUGUUCCUUCAAAUUAA